AAUAAAUUUGAUUUUUUUUUUAUACUUAUUUUUUCAGACAAAAUGCAGUGCAAUGCAUUGCGCAGCCCCGUCAUGCGGCAUAUAAGACCUAUGACAAGAUAUUGCUCUGGGAGUACACUAGACCCGGUCUGGGUUGCUGCAGCUACUAAACAGAUGAAAGGUAAGAGUCCUGACACCCUGAUCUGGAACACACUGGAGGGUAUCCCCGUCAAGCCCUUGUACACGAAGAAGGACGUGGAGAACCUGGUGGAGGAACUACCCGGUACAUUUCCCUUCACCCGGGGUCCAUAUCCAACCAUGUUCGCUCAGAAACCCUGGACUAUCAGGCAGUACGCGGGGUUUUCAACAGUAGAGAAGAGUAAUGAAUUCUACAGAGCAAACAUUAAAGCUGGUCAGCAGGGUCUCAGUGUUGCCUUUGAUCUUGCGACACACAGAGGAUACGACAGCGACGAUCUAAGGGUAACUGGUGACGUCGGCAUGGCGGGUGUUGCGAUCGAUAGUGUCGAAGAUACAAAAAUAUUGUUCGACGGGAUUCCUCUAGACAAGAUGUCGGUGUCGAUGACGAUGAACGGUGCCGUUAUUCCCGUCUUGGCGAUGUACAUAGUUGCAGCGGAGGAACAGGGGGUUAAACAGGAACAGCUUACAGGAACAAUCCAGAACGAUAUCUUGAAGGAGUUUAUGGUUCGAAAUACGUAUAUUUAUCCCCCGGACGCUUCAAUGAAGAUUAUCGGCGAUAUAUUCUCCUACACCUCGAAACAUAUGCCAAAAUAUAAUUCAAUAUCUAUCUCAGGAUAUCACAUACAGGAGGCAGGUGCUACCGCUACUCUUGAAAUGGCGUUCACCAUCGCCGACGGUAUUGAAUAUUGUAGAACCGGUAUCAAUGCAGGGUUGGAUAUUGACUCCUUUGCUCCCCGUCUCUCUUUCUUCUGGGGGGUCGGGAUGAAUUUCUACAUGGAGAUUGCAAAAUUUAGAGCAGCAAGAAAGCUCUGGGCGACUUUGAUCAAAGAAAAAUUUAAUCCUAAAAAUCCGAAAUCCUGUAUGUUGAGAACUCACAGCCAAACCUCAGGCUGGUCACUCACAGAGCAGGAUCCCUACAAUAACAUCAUGAGAACCUGUAUUGAAGCAAUGGCCGCCGUGUUCGGUGGAACACAAUCCCUUCACACAAACUCAUUCGACGAGGCCCUGGCGCUCCCGUCUAAGUUCUCCUCAAGGUUGGCGAGAAACACCCAGUUGAUCCUGCAGGAGGAGACGGGGAUCACCAAGGUGAUAGAUCCCUGGGCCGGGUCCUUCAUGAUGGAGAGCCUGACCCAGCAGGUUUACGACGAGGCUAAGAGGAUUGUUGAUGAGGUUGAGAGUAUGGGAGGUAUGGCUGCUGCUGUAGCUAGUGGUUGGCCUAAACUAAAGAUAGAGGAGUGUGCUGCUAAACGACAAGCUAAUAUAGACUCUGGAAAGGAAACCAUUGUCGGAGUAAACAAAUACAAACUAGAGGUUGAAGAUCAGAUUGAUGUGUUGAGUAUUGAUAACGCGGAGGUGAAGGAGAAGCAGUUGAAGAGGUUGGCCCAGGUCAAGAAUACUAGGGAUACCGCUGCAGCAAACAAGUGUCUUCAGGAUAUCGAGGAUUCAGCUAAAUCAGGAGAAGGAAACCUUUUGGAACUCGCAAUCUCUGCGGCUAGAGCAAGGUGCACAGUGGGAGAGAUCACCCAGGCUAUGGAGCGGGUGUACGGGAGACAUGUUGCCAACGACAGGAUGGUGUCCGGGGCCUACAGGACCGAGUACGGGGAGAGCGAGGAGAUUGUAGCCGUUUCUACGGCUAUUGACAGGUUCCAAGAAAUCGAGGGACGAAGACCCAGAAUUUUGGUUGCCAAGAUGGGUCAGGACGGGCAUGACCGAGGUGCCAAGGUUAUUGCUACAGGUUUCUCAGAUCUUGGAUUUGAUGUUGAUAUUGGACCUCUCUUUCAAACUCCCGAAGAGGUUGCUCAACAAGCUAUCGACAGUGAUGUACAUGUAGUUGGAGUCUCCUCCCUUGCUGCAGGACACAAAGCUCUGGUGCCUGAAUUAGUGUCAAAUCUGAAGAAAAUGGGUCGACCUGAUAUCCUGGUCAUUUGUGGAGGUGUCAUCCCACCACAGGAUUAUGAGUUUCUUUAUAAAUCUGGAGCUUCGGCCAUAUUUGGACCGGGCACGAAGCUUCCCGUUGCAGCUCUGGAAGUUAUCAACCUAAUCACGGGACAUUUUGACAGCUCCAAGCGUUUAAGCCAGUAGAAACUAAGCUGAGGGAGCAGGAAGUUGAGGAGCCACUUGCACUGGUGCUAGAGAUCAGUGUGAAAAAUGUAAACAAUUUACAAACCGGUUUAGUCAUAAUUUUAAAAUGGGAGAGCUUCUGUUUUUGGUCCUUUAAUAGAUAGAUAAUUUAACUAGUGUA